AUGGGAGAGAAAUACGAAGCCCUGCUGGGCAGGGUCCCCCGCCUCGGCAGCGCAAAGCGUGGAGACGCGGAGGCCGCCCUGGCCUUGGGCGCCGGAGGGGUCCGCCUUGGGGACUGCUCGCCCUCCCUGGUCCGAUCCCGGGGCUCCGGGGGAGGCGGGGGGGGCGCGGCUCGGCCCCCGUGGCCCUCCGCCCCCCGCGGGCUCCACCCUCUCCUUGGGGCGGCUGCCAUCCAUCCGUCCCUCCAUCCGUCCGUCCGUCUGUCCCGUGCCCCGCUGCCACCGCCACCUCGAGCCCGACCCCCAGGCGCCCCGGCACAAAGCCCCGCACUCACGGGGGUCUGGUACUCUGAGCUCCCUCCCCGGCCUCGAUCCCCUAGGGCUCCAGGGCGCGCCGCGGGGAUGCCCCGAGGGGGCGGGGGCCCGGCGCCGCGCCUGAGCCCCCCGGCCCCCGCCUCCGGCGCAGCGACCCCUCGGCACGUGGGAGGAGCCCUCCAAGGAGCCCCAGGGGCCCCAGGCAGGAAUCCCCACCCCGGCUCCAGCCCGCGCCGGCCGCCGAGCAGCGAGCGAGCCCCCCGGCCGCCGCCGCCCCCGCCGCCGCCGCCGCCCCCGCGCCCGGAGGGCCGCCCGCGGCGCGCACCGUAG